AUGCUAUUCCCUUACAUUCUUACUAAGCAAAUCAGUAGAAAAUCCAUACAUCCACCUGGUCCUUUAGGGCUUCCUUUCAUAGGAAAUUUGCACCAGUUUGAUAAAGCCAAGCCUCACCUGUACUUAUGGAAACUAUCCCAAAAGUAUGGCCCGUUGGCCUAUUUGAAACUUGGUUCAAUGCCAGUACUUGUGGUUUCUACUGCAAAAAUGGCGAAAGAAUUUCUUCAAAACCAAGAUUUUGUAUUCUGUAGUAGGCCUCAAGUUCUUGGACAGCAAAAACUUUCCUACAAUGGCUUGGAUAUUGCGUUCUCACCUUACAAUGAGCACUGGAAGGAGAUGAGAAAAAUAUGUGUCCAUCAUCUCUUUAGCCACAAGCAAGUUCUGUCGUUUCGCCCCAUUCGUGAAGAUGAAAUUUCCCACAUGGUAAACAAGAUAUCAAAGCUCGCUUUUUCGUCAGAACUCGUAAACUUAAGCAAGAUAGCGAUGUCUCUAGCCAGCAACUUAAUCUUUAGAGUUGCGUUUGGUACGAGAUAUGACGAUGAAGAAUAUGAAAAGAAAAGGUUCGAAAGACUUGUAACGGAAGCUCAAGCCCUGAUGGUGGGAUUCUAUUUCUCUGAUUAUUUUCCAUUAUUAGGUUGGCUUGAUAAAUUCACGAAAAAAUCAGAUCGCCUUGAGAAGAACUGCAAGGAGUUAGAUUUGUUCUACCAAGAACUCAUCGACCAUCACCUCAAUCCAACCAGGCCUAAAGAGAAUGACAUUCUUGAUCUCUUGCUUAAAUUGAAAGACCAAAACUCAUCUUCAAUCAAUCUGACUUGGGAUCACAUCAAAGCCCUACUCAUGGAUCUAUUUGUUGCAGGAACAGACACAGCUCAAAUUCCUGGUCAACUUCUAGUUCUGGGUCUAGCUCAAACCCUGGUUCUGGCUCUGGUCUUGGUGGAUUUCUACUCUGGAACCAGAGAAGGACCUAGAGGAAGAUUUGAGGAAGACCCAAAAGAGGAGCCAUAUUAUGAAUCUGAUUCGGAGCCAGAGAACGAGCUAGAGUAUGAACCCAGAGCAGAGCCAGAACCAGAGGACGAGCCAGGGUUCGAGCUAGACACUGAACUAGAAGUGGAUUUCUACUCUGGAACCAGAGAAGGACCUAGAGGAAGAUUUGAGGAAGACCCAAAAGAGGAGUCGUAUUAUGAAUCUGAUUCGGAGCCAGAGAACGAGCCGGAGUAUGUACCAAGAGCAGAGCCAGAACCAGAGCACGAGCCAGGGUUCGAGCUAGACCCUGAACUAGAAGUUGACUAG